UUUUUUUAUUUUUUUUUGCAUUAUGUUCUUCUUCUGCUGGGCGAGAAAAAACUUAACAUCCUAUAAUGCAGUAUUAGAGGAGGUGUUCAUGUCUACAGUUGUGCUACUUUCAGAGAACAGCCAACUAUCAGAGGAGUGUUUUGUCAUGUGUUUGGUCAAAUCACCAAACAGCAGUACUUAUAACAGUAAUCUGAGGAUAUAAUCUAUCCUUAUAUAGUUUUCUGAUUGGCUUGUCAGUCCAAGGACUCAUUAGUUUACUUCUCACUAUUUCAGGGGUCAUGGUAGUUUAAACUGAAGCAUAAUGAUACUCUGCCAGCAGACUACCAUCAGAAACUUGGGCUUGGUAACUUCACAGUCUGAGCAGUGAAAGCGGACAAACAGAAUCGUUGCUUCCGCAGCGGAGGUAAUCUAGCUGAGGUUUUAUCUUGUCAGUUUGGUUAUAUAUCACAUUGAUAUGUGUGUGUUUUGUGUUAUUUUAUUUCGAGUUUUGUUGUAUGUGUCUUGACUCUCGAUUCAAGAUCCAAACAUGGGUAGAGUGAAGAAUCCGUUUUUUUUGCUGGUGACCUAGUGUGCAUCAUGAAUUAUUCCUAGAUUACUACUGUUUUUAUUUUUAAAAAAUGGUUUGCAAACACAAACUCCUAUGAUGCAGCAGUAUUAGAGGAGCCGUUCAUAUCUCUGCAUCAAGUUAAAUAAUCUGUACAGUUCUGCUACUCUCAGAGAAUAGGGAAUAGCCAAAUAUUAGAGGAUGUGUCACUGCUACUUUCAGAUUAGUUUAUUACUUCUUACUAUUCUAGGAUGCAUGGUAAUUAAACUGGAGCAUAAUGAUGCUACUCUGCCAGCAGACUACCAUCAAAAAACAAAAACUUGGGCCUGGAAAUUUAGACCCCCUUAGUUCGAACAUUAUGUAUACUGAGUAUUAAUUUCUUGCGCUCUCUCAUGCUUGUUCUAAUCUAUUUGUUCGCGGUUUUACCUUUUGUUUGUGUUUAUGAUAUAAACACUGCUAGAUAAAAUGGACGUAAACAUCAAAGUGGCGCAGCGGAAGCGUUGUGGGCCCAUAACCCACAGGUCCCAGGAUCGAUUAUCAGCUAGCACCAAAGUCUGGUUGUCUCUGCGAAUUGCUUGAAAGCUUAUACUCGCAUGAGUCAAGUAUCAGUUUUUUUAACACAAAGUCAAGUUCAGUUUCUUAAUCAUGAACCUCAGGGACAUCAAGGAAAAACUUGCCUGCAGUGCCCUUGAUUAUGAACAGGAGCUGGAGACUGCCAGGACCAGCUCCAGUGUUGAGAAGAGCUACGAGCUGCCCGAUGGCCAGGUUAUCACAAUCAGUGCAGAAAGGUUUAGGUGCCCUGAGGUUCUAUUCCAGCCAUGCUUCAUUGGCAUGGAAUCUGCUGGCAUCCAUGAAGUCACGUACAACUCCAUCAUGAAGUGUGACGUCGAUAUCAGAAAGGAUCUGUACGGUAAUGUUGUCCUCAGUGGUGGUUCCACUAUGUUCUCUGGUAUUGGUGACCGCAUGAGCAAGGAGAUUACUGCACUUGCCCCUAGCAGCAUGAAGGUGAAGGUGGUUGCUCCGCCGGAGAGGAAGUACAGUGUGUUGGAUUGGUGGUUCCAUUCUGGCCUCCCUCAGUACCUUUUCAGCAGGUUGUUACCCUCUCAAAAUCUAAAUGAGACGUUUCUGCUUGCUCUGCAAUCUAUUGUAUUUGAAAUUUGACUUAGUCUUUUUAUUGUGUUGUAGAUGUGGAUCUCCAAGGAAGAGUACGACGAAUCUGGUCCGGGCAUCGUCCACAUGAAGUGCUUCUGAAUUUCAGGAGCAGUAUAUUUGUUGCUUGCAUUUUCAGUUAGUUGGGAUGCAAGUUUGUCCCGUGGUCUCUCUAGCAUUCUUCAUUCUUUCUGGAUAUUGAAGAGCAGUUGGCCAUGGAGCAUUGUGCAAGACGGUAAAGUCGAUUGAUGUACUGCAUGAAGAAAUGUGUGCAGUACUUCAGUGGUAUAGAUCCUCAGGUCAGUUUAGUUUUCUUUCCCCAACAACAGUGCCAUAUUAGGAUGUUCCUGAUGUGCGCAGUUGGUCUGGGUUUUUACACAAUGCAAGGGUGUCGGUUGUCGCCCGUGCAGUUUGCGUCUUUGUGAGAUCUGGGUCCAUAUCUGCACUCCAGUACGUGGAACAGGUUUCGCAUUUGGUGGCCAGUGCCCCAGCGUGGUGUGCGUGUCGAUGAUUUCUACUUGGAGCUGUUUGUUCUAUUCCUUUAAUGAAACAGAUAUUAUCGUUUGUACAGGAGAAAGAAGGGGUUUCUAAUGAACCUGAUCAAAGGGAUCAGCCGAGAAGAGUGGACACGCAUGUGGAACAGGCUAAAGGAAGUGGAAAAGCACUUUGAGUACCAAUACCCAUCUCAGACCGAUGAUGUCGUGCAGAUGAUAUGGAAGGCCAUUGAUCGGAAGGUGCCGUCUAUCAGUCUGUAGAUUAACAACUGCAAAUAUUUGAUUUAUGCUGUUUGUUCUUGUACUUAAUGGCAGAUACAAAAUAGAAGGUUCGAGGAUCAUAUGAGAAAGAGAAUUGUGAACGGAUACAACUCACCGUACACAAAUCAUACUAUUAGCUAAGCCUUACCAAUAUCAUUAGAUAAAUAGCAUCAACCUCUAUAUACAGGAAGUAUGCAUAUAAAGUUUAGACUACCCCAAUAAAUACCCGAAAUACACACAAGUUUGGAAUAUUAUACUAUAGAAAAGCCAAAGUGACCAAUAAUUAGGAACACAGGGAGUAGAUAAUAACGUAAAAAUAACAAAAAUCACCUCCCAUGGUGCAGGAUAGAUACAAUACUUUUACAUGUUAUAGUAGUAAGAAAAAUCUGUUUAAGGAAAAAAAUGGAAUCCAAAAUAAAAUUAACAAUAGCAUAAUAUUUUCUUAAUUGAUCUCUUAUGAUUAUUAUUUAAUUUGAUAAAAAAUGCUCAGUGAAUUGAAUAAGGAGGCUGCCUUAAGGCUGAAAAGGGACCAUGGAAGGACUCAAACAUACUUAACAGAAAACAGGGUAACAUAAAACAAGGUACAUUGGUAAAGCCUUCACCUCUGAUUCAGAUUAUAGCUCCAAUGCAAGUUAUGUGGAGAACAGCUUCAACAGCAGAGGAUAGGAAAUAGCUUGAUACCUUUACCGCCAGGGGACUUGGGAGUGGUGAUGUGGAGAACCUUUGUAGGGAUCCUGACAGGUCCCUUAACCCUCAAAUGAUUGUCCUUGGCUCCCUUUACCAAAUUCACA